AAUAAAUUUUAUUUAUUUAAAAAUCAAAAUUUUACUUACGCAAAAGCGAGUUCUCUUGCAAGGCACAUAUUGGAAGUUCUAUGUUUGCGAAAAAAUCAAAUAAUCGGAGUUUUUAGGUAUUUGAUAAUAAUUCGGACAAAAUAGAGGCAAAAUGGAAGUUGAAAAAAUUAUAAAAAAUUUAUUAUGCUCAGAUAACAAUCGCAUUAAACAGGCGUCUGCUGAUCUCCGUGUAGCGUUGAGAAAUCCAAUGACUUUCUCAGCAUUAUGCGAGAUAAUUGGAUCACACGAAACAUCCGAGUUGCGGCAAUAUUCAGCGAUAUUGUUAAAAAAACAUUUAGGAAAAUUACACAAUUGGCAAAUGCUUACCCUGGAGCAACAAUUAAUUGUGAAAAGAGUAAUAAUGAAUGCUUUGAUUACCGAGAAAGAGAAUCUUGUGCGUAAUGCUAUUGCGCAAUGCGUCGGCGCAUUGGUUCGCCAUGACGCUAAUACAACUUGUUCAUGGAUGGAUGACGUGCUUAAACUUGUCUACACCCACUGUAGUUCGAGCGAUACGAAAGAUAGUGAACUAGGAUCAUAUGUGUUUGCUGCACUAGCCGAUGUCGCUCCCGAUCUAUUUGCGCCAUAUAUGAAGUCUGCUUGUGAAAUGUUUAUGGCCGCAUUUACGGCUGCUGAAGCUAGUGGUAAUAGGACAUCGCAAGUUAUAUUAAAUAUUUUUUCCGGCAUGACAUAUUUGGUACCCUUUAUAUUGGGUCACAAUAUUGCAAAACGUACAUAUCAAAAAGGUAUUCCCGUUAUAGUUAAAUACCUGCACAAUUUUGCUUUUCAACUUGAUUCGUUUCAAUUCGUGAAGGCUUUUCAAAUAUUAGAUAGCAUGGCUGAUCACACGCCGAAAUUACUAACAAAUUAUGUCAAGUUAAUAGUGAAUUUUUGCCUCGAGUUAGCUGCAAAUCCUCAGUUAGCUAACGCAGUUCGAGUAAAAUCUGUCGCUUACGUUGGUCGUCUAAUUCGAUUAAAAAAGAAAAUCAUUAUCAAGCAAGAGCUUAUUGAACACAUAAUUCAAGUCGUUUUUAAUUUAAUGACCAUAGAAACGGGUAGCUGCUGCGGCGAUUACGAUACGUAUUUCUUAGACGAAGAUAAUUCAAAUCCAACGGCUGCUGCUAUGCAAACAAUGCAGUUGAUGGCUUCGAAUAUUCCGCCUGGAAAAUUUAUUUCGCCAUUGUUGCAAUUAGUGCAGCCUGCUUUGAAGAAACAAAAUCCACUAUUCCGUCGCGCCGCUUAUCUGAGCAUGGCUUUUAUUUUUGAAGGUUCCUCGAAAGCGAUGUGCAGCAAAUGUUUAAAUAACAAUUUAAAUGUUGUGAAGGUAGGAAUUACUGACAUUAUACCUGUGGUUCGAAACGCAGCCUUUUUUACGCUGGCACAAUUUUCGGCACAUCUGCAAGAGGAUAUUACUAGGUACACUCCACAAAUUCUGCCCAUAUUUCUCGAAUGUCUUCAGCAAUUGUGCAACGAACUUAGGAGCGGCUCUACCGAACCGAAGCAUAUUAAUGGCAUAUUUUAUGCUCUGAAAAAAUUUUGCCAGAAUGUAGAAAUCGUCUUAGGGCCAGAUUUACAUCUAUUAAUGGGAAGCGUUUUAGAAAUUUCGGAUCUCAAAAAUUCGCUACACGUUCGGGGAUUGGCACUUUACGCUAUAUCUGCUGUGUCUACUGCCGCUAAGGCGAAUAUGCUGCCUUACCUUCAGCAAGUGAUUGCAAUACUGCAGAUAUAUAUUGUGAAAACUGAAAGCGAAAACAUUUUGCCAUUACGUCCACAGGCCAUUGAUACAUUAGCGGUAAUAGCUCUUAAAAUUGGUAAAGAAAAUUUUAUGCCUUUAGUAUCUGAUGCGAUGGGCAUUGUGUUAACUUUUUUGGAGGGAGCUAAAGAUGAUCCAAAUUUGCGACGCGCUCUUUACAAUCUGAUUGCAUCGCUUGCUGAAUUAAUCAAUGAAAAAAUGGCUUCGGUUUAUCCAAGAUUCAUCGAAUAUUUAUUUCAAUCUAUUUUGUCAACAGGGGAAGUAAUUCACGAAUAUAAAGAAGAUAUUUUUCAUGUACAUAUGCAAGAGAACGCAGGCAGUGAAAUUGGCAUUGGCGAUGCGGAUCAAGAAGAUGAUGAGUUGUUCGCUGAGUAUAGUGUGGACAAUUCUUUACUCGACGAGAAAGAACAAGCUAUAUGGACUUUAAAGAAGCUUGCCGAUCAUACAGGAUCAGCUUUUUUACCGUAUCUUGAUCAGUCGUGCCAGAAGGUCUAUGAAAUGAUUGAUCAUCCCCAAGAGGAUAUACGAAGAGUGUGUAUUAAUGCUCUUACUAGCUUUGUAAUUGUUCGUUUUAGAGAGCAAAAUGUACAUGAUGGUAGUUAUGCUCUUAAAAUAUUGGUACGUAAAUUGGGUCAUAUCGUGCGUGAAGAUGAGGAAGCGUUUGUUGUGUACGCAGCUUUGCAAAACUUCUCCGAUCUCCUAAGGGAAUUAAAGCAGAAUAUAUUGUCUGCUGAAGAGAUACGUGAGAUAAUGUUCGCCUGCAUCAAUGAUGUGCUACGCAAUAAGGUCACGUGUUACUUUUCAACUAGCAACGGUGCUGAAGAAACUAAGGCAAGUGACUAUGAAGAAAACGUUGUAAAAAGCGCUGGAAAUUUAUUACCCCUUUUUGGUCUUGCAAUGUCACCCGAAAAAUUUUUUAUAUAUUUUCAACUUAUAUAUCCGAUAAUCGUUGCGAAAUGUGAAAAAGGGAAAAAGAAGAAAGAAUUGCAAUCGCAAAGGGCGUUUGCGUAUGGAAUUUUAGCUCAAUGUUUUGCCGCACUACAGACAUAUACGUGCACAUAUUUCGAUAUAUUUUGUUCUCUUAUGAUUGAAGGUCUAGCCGAUGAAUUUGACCAGGCACGUCAGAAUGCUGCAUAUGGCUUGGGCGAAUUAGUCUUAUAUGCUGGAGAUAAAUCAUUUCAAGUUUAUCCUCACAUUUUAACGGCACUUUCACAAGCUGUUUCAAAGGAAUUUGAGCCGGCCGCUUUAGAUAAUAUUUGUGGAACGAUUGCCCGUCUUAUUAUCACAAAUUGCGAUUUAGUUCCCUUAAAUGACGUAUUGCCUAAGUUCUUGCAGAAUUUACCGUUACGCAAGAAUUUCGAAGAGAACACUUUAAUUUUUAAAUGCUUUAAGCUUCUCUAUAUGCGAGCACGUGACCACCUCGUUGACUUAUUGGAACGCAUGCUUGCGAUUGCAGUACAUGUGUUGUAUAAUAAACAAUUUACUGAUCAGGAAACGUUCAACAACGCUAUUGAAUUUCUGAGGGAAAUCCGUGAUAACUACCCUGAAACAUUUAAUGCGGUAGCAUGUUUUAAUCCAGAAAUCCUAUCUUUUUUCCAGACACUAUAA